ACUUUUAUCUACCCCUCUCUUUUUGCUUUGGGGAAUUUCAAGCGGUGUAAAGAAGAAUCUUCCGCCAUUCUAUAUUUACGAUUUUUACCGAAUUGUUAUACGUUUUAUCUGUUUUCUCGCAGCCCGUCCAAAAAAGCGAGGAACAAUGACAACAGUGAGUCCUGUAGUGAUAGCAGCUACGGCCAGACAUACAGCAACUAUUAUAUUUUUCCACGGAUUGGGUGAUACAGGUCAUGGCUGGGCUAGUUCAAUGGGAGCAGUUAGAUCUCCUCACAUUAAAGUUAUUUGUCCAACUGCGCCUACAGUGCCAGUGACAUUAAAUGCAGGAUUUAGAAUGCCUUCUUGGUUUGAUUUACGAUCUUUGGAACCAAGUGGUCCUGAAGAUGAAGAAGGUAUUCGUAGAGCUGCAGAAAUGGUACAUUCUUUAAUUGCAGAGGAAGUUGCAGCAGGAAUACCCACAAAACGUAUUGUUCUUGGAGGUUUCAGUCAGGGUGGUGCUCUUGCUAUAUAUAGUGCUCUUACAUUCCCAGAACCCUUAGCUGGUGUUAUAGCUUUAUCAGCUUGGCUUCCUUUGCAUCAAAAAUUUCCUGCUGAAGCAAUAGGAAAUAAAAAUACUCCACUAUUGCAAUGUCAUGGUGAUUGUGAUCCAAUAGUACCAUACAGAUGGGGUCAAUUGACUGCAUCAGUCCUCAAACAAUUCAUGACACAAACAGAAUUCAAAACAUAUAGAGGGAUGAUGCACGCAUCUUGCGACGAGGAGAUGCGUGACAUGAAGAAAUUCAUUGAAAAAGUUUUGAAGCCGUAAUAGUUUUCUUAAAUAUAUUAAUAUUUUAAAUAUUAAACUUAUUACUUUAUUGUUCUUUAUUAAAAAUUAAUUACUUCCAACUUUUCCAUUGUUACUUCUAUUAAUUCUAGUGCUUGGUGAAGGAGUAAAGACAGUAGUAGAUGGAAAUGGUUUUAAUAUUAAAGAAGGAAAGCAAAAUAGCAGCAAUGAAUUAUUUGUGUAAAUUAUAUUUGAAUGAAUUAUUUCUAUUUCACGAUACCAAAGUUAUUGUAAUAUUUCUAAUUUAUAAUUUUACACUACGAAUUAACUUAUCAGGAGAUUCUUACAUCUAAUUCUAAAUGCUUUACUAUACAUAAAAGAUAAUAAGAUAUAAUAAAUGUAUCUUAAAUGCAUUUUUUUAUAGAAUUACAACUUUUUUUUUUUAAUUCGCACUGCGCACUUUGUAUAAUACUAAAUAAUUGAAACAGUUUCUAUCUUCUUGAUAGAAAACAUUUAUGAUUAAUUUCCAAAUAAAGCUUCCUCUUCUCAAUGGACGUAAUAAUUUUCAUUAGUUUAAUUGUACUGCGUGAAAAUUGUUUAAUUAAAAUUUUUAAGUCUUAACUAUAGAAGCAUUUAAAUAUUCUUUAUAAAAUUUAUGUUUUAUAUAAAUCAUAUAUAAUGUACAAACAUUGCUAUUUAUGAAAUGAUAAUUUUUGUAGAAAUAUGUAGGGACAGUAAUAUGGCCAUGUAAUCUGUGAUUACAAAAUAUAAUUUUGAAAUCAAUAAACAUGGUAAUUUUUAGUAGACAGCAUGUUGCAAAUGCUAGUCGUGAAUAAAUAUAUAUGUCAAAUAUAAUAACAUCAUAAACACAUGUAUAGUGCAAAAGUACUAUCUUGAUAGAUCUUACAUUUUAGGUUUACUCAAAUGGUACUAUUAAGAAUAAAAAGAAUCACUAUUAUGAUCAGUUAUAAAACAAGUAUUUAACUGAUAAGCAAUACUAGUUAUGUAAUAAAAAAUAAGGAUGAUCAUUUGUAACAUUUACUUGUAUUAUUAAAACAACAGAUCAGACUUGUUAAAUAACUACUUUUUUUCUUUUAUAUUUAUUUAUGAAAGUAAAAUAUAAACAUUGUAAAUACAUAAUGAACUUUCCUAUGUUAUUUGAUCUUUUUGUUUAAAAAUUAUAGUGUGUAUAUUAUUAUUACAGAACAAUAAAUCUUUUGAUUUGUAUAAAUUAUGUGAAAAAAUAUAUUUCAUUAACAAUA